AUGUCUCUGUGACGGUCAGAGGGUCCGCUGCCUUACGCUGCGUGAUGUCACUACCGGGGCUGAGAGCGAGGCGCUGUUAUUUACCCGACCCGGGCCGUUAACCGGGCUCGGUCGGACGGACAGGAGGCCGAGCUAGUGGGUCUUUGUCAAAGGAAAAGUAACCUGCUACUAUCGCUACAAAACAGAACAAGAUCUAAACAACAGACGGGAUGUGCAACACAUGGCCGUUAUUUAACCAUUAUUGAAGGGUUGGAUAGAAAGUGGACCUAGUCGAGUUGCGCACAAUCAAAAACUGGAAAAAACAAUAGAGGAAUUAAUCAGUAUCAUGGUGAUAAUAAUUAUGACAUUAUCACCAUGUAAUCAGUGAAGUGUUGACAUUACCCUUUUUGGUUUAACGACUUUGACAGCACUCAAAUGAAGUAUAAAGCAUCUAUCCUAUCAAACACCACGAAAGAAAAAUGAAGGAAUAGGUUUGUGGCUUAAGUCUUCUCGUACCCAUCCCUUAUCUGUUGAUGAUGACAGCUCAGUGCGGGUCUCGUUUUGGACAGAUGGAAGCUGAGGAACGCAGAUUGUUGGAUUACUUUUUACGUCUUUAAACUGAAGUCGUCGCUAAUGCGUUAUAUGGUUACUCUACGAAUAUAAACUUUUUAAAAGGCAUUUAAUCCCGUGCGUCUCUGGGCCAUGGCUGACAUCAUUACGCUGGUGGGAUUCGGGGUGUUCCGAUUUCAUGGUAUAGUUAUGGACGUUUUACUUCAGUGAAUUUAAUUUACAUCGAGCACGGUCUAUGGAUUGCCUGAAUGACUACUACUGUUCGAAGGAUUAUGUUUGAAUAACACAUUUUUUCAGCAUUUGUUGAAGCAAUUAAUAAUUUCCCCCAGAAGAAUAACUAUCCAAGCAUCAGCGGUGUGUGUGUGAGUUAAAAAAGAUUUAGUAAUUUAAUUGAAUGAUUGGAUGAGAUGAUUAUUUAUUUUUCUUUCAUUGAAUAUCCAAUAACCAUUUCGUGGAUUUUUACUAGCCUGAAUGUUGAAAAGAGACAUGAAAAAAGAGUGCGUGACUGGAGGAGUAAAAUUAUCUGUUUUACACUGGACAACUUGUCAGUGUAUUUGACAAAGCAGCACAAGCUUUUUCUCUUUUCUCAUUUUAAUUCAAUCAUCUCGUGCGUAAAGUUCUAAGGGGAUGCCUCUUGAGCCCAUCAGCCAUGUCUCUGUUUCUGCGUUAGAGCCCCCCUCUUUGCUGCACUCUCACUGGACAACGAGUCUUCCUCAAGGGAUUAAGGUAGCAGAUAACAGAAACCUAUAUAUACAUUUUUUCACCUUCACUCACUCCAAACAUACUUCAUGGUCCCCGUGAGUUUCUGAAUUUUCUCCAAUCUAUGUGCUCCUGCUGGCGUCGCCAUGGCUGCGGCCCCAAAAGUUACAUGCCUGUCAGCGCCCUACAACCAGACAGCACCCUAUUCCCCAGAGGCCACUGCAUUGUUCGCAAUAGCAAUCACCCUCAUGAUGAUCCUCACCAUCGUCGGCAACAUCUUGGUCAUCAUCGCAGUGCUGACCUCACGCUCACUCCAUGGCCCACAGAACCUUUUCCUUGUCUCCCUGGCCGCAGCCGACAUCCUAGUCGCUACCCUCGUCAUCCCCUUCUCGCUGGCCAAUGAGCUGCAGGGUUACUGGGCGUUCUGCUCACUGUGGUGUGAGAUCUACCUGGCAUUGGACGUCUUCUUCUGCACGUCCUCCAUUGCCCACCUGUGUGCCAUCUCAUUGGACCGCUACCUGUCCAUCUCCCGGCCCGUGUCCUAUGGCAUCCAACGGACGCCAGCACGCAUCAAGGCGGCCAUUGUGGUCAUCUGGCUUCUCUCGGCCGUCAUCUCCUUCCCUCCUCUCCUCUCCCUGGAUAAGAGCAAGGGAGGGGUGAAGGUGUGUGAGCUGAACAAAGAGCGCUGGUAUAUUCUCUACUCCACCAUUGGAUCGUUCUUCGCCCCGUGUCUCAUCAUGAUCGGGGUCUACAUCAGGAUCUACCAGAUUGCCAAGCAACACACAAGAUGUCUGCCAGGGGAGAAACCCAACCCUAACAAAAUCCCUGGUAACACGUCUAGCAACCCUCCUAGCAACCCCACACCUCCCGCACCGGGACCUGUCAUCAUCCCCCAACCCAAGCCUCUCAGCCAACCACAGAACCACAAAGGGGAGGGAGGGAAAGCAGACAGACAAUCUACGGACGCCGUACCUCAGAGUCUCCCUGUCUCCUCCCCCUCGUCUCCUCCUCCCCAGAGUGAGACCCAGGCCAAGAGUCAACCCCAGACGUCUUUACCAAAUCCUGUCCCCACCUCACCCCAGCCUACCUCACCCACAGUAGCUCUCUCCCUCACACUCCACUCUCCAGAUAGCCAACAUGAGGAGACCCACAAACGGUGUGAGAGACAGGAGGAGAAACACAGAGACACCACCAAUGAUGACAGCUUCAGCUCUGGCUCCGAGGCAGAGACGAGGGGAAGAGGAAAGGGAGGAAGAGGGGGAGUAAAUGGAGGGAGAGGGGGAGGGAAAGGGACAAUGAAGAAUAAUGGAGGAUCAAAGUCUGGAGGAGCACCUCUUUCUUAUCUGACCUCUCACGAGUUCAAAAAUACUGUAGCCACACCCACCGGUACAGUGCUGGCCUCUGAUAGGCCGGUGAAGCCACAGGCCACUCCCAUGUCUCGGCGCAAGGCCAUGGUAAACCGAGAAAAGCGCUUCACGUUUGUCCUGGCCGUGGUGAUCGGAGUGUUUGUCAUCUGUUGGUUCCCUUUCUUCUUCUCCUACUCGCUGAAGGCCAUCUGUCCUGAGACCUGCUUGGUCCCUGCUCCCCUCUUCACGUUCUUCUUCUGGAUCGGCUACUGCAACUCCUGUCUGAAUCCCGUCAUAUACACCAUCUUCAACCAGGACUUCAGGAAGGCCUUCAAGAAGAUCCUCUGUAGGGACACCAAGGGGACGUUCCUCUAGUGUGGACACUAUGUAAGGACAUCAAGUGGAUGUUCAUGUAGAGUGGAUACUGUGUAAGGACAUCAAGUAGAUGUUCUUGUAGAGGGGAUGCUGUGUAAGGACACGAAGUGGACAUUCUUCUAGAGUGGAUACAGAUGGUACAUGAUUCUCUACAUUGCUUGUUUUGCCACUGAAACUGAAAUUAGGCAAACUAUUUGAAUCUUAGCAACUAGGAAAUGGAGAAGCAAUUUCUGCAUAUUACACCUUUAAGACAUUGUCAGCUAUAUUCUGGUCAUUAUUUGAACUGGCUAACCAGCUAGUAAGGAAUCAAAACAUUGUUUAUAAAAUUGCUUUUAGUUACCUUGCUUGCUAGCUUGACAUUUAGUGAAUUCCUUUUUAAACUGCUGGGUUUAUUGGUGAUAAAAUAGAGAAGGUAUGCUAUAUGGUGCACCGGGCUGCUGAUUUUCUUUUUUUGUAUAUACUUUUUCAUAACGACAAACAACAAGUUUGAUGUUGGACGACAAUAGAAUGCUCAUGCUGUCGCUAUGACAAUUUUCUACAGACAGUCAAUAGACUGACCGUAAACCACCUUUAGCCUACAUUUGAACAUUACAUCAUGGCAUUUUAAUUGAAGUAUACUAAAUUUUUGAAAUGUUGCAUUCUAUUAAACUUUCUUUUAUAGCGUAGUCAAAUGACCUACUAUUUAGGACAUAAGUAUCGGUAUUCUGACACAGCCACUGUGUAGAGACAACAAGGAGACGUUAAUUCUAGAGUAGAUACUGUGUAGAGACACCAAGGGGACGUUCUUCUAGAGUAGGUACUGUGUAGAGACACCAAGGGGACUUACUGGAUGUAAUGCAAAGACAGAUUUUAGUUUACCUGUACAGGGAACCACAGACAAACUUUUGAGUCUGUCCUUUGUUGAACAUUUUGUUCGAUUUGAUAAGAAAAAUGCUGAACUUUGGAAUUCUGUAAUAGAUGAACGUGCUCUGAUGUACACAUUGAGGGGCAGUGGAAGAGGAGGAAGGUGAUGCAAUCUGUCUGAGAAAAAGCAAACACCUUUACAGCUUGUUUAGCGAUUGGCACAAAACGGGGCCAUCAGUCAUGAGGACAUGUUGCUCAAAUGACAGUAUCACACUGCUCUUGUUGUUCCUCUGUAAGUGGCUCUGGUUAAGAGCGUCUGCUAAAUGACUAAAAUGUAAAUGUAGAAGGAAAGGAAGGUUACACUCUGUUGAUUCCAUUGGCUGGCUGGGUAACUGCUAUCCACAGCCAUUACCUGUAGCCUUGUGACUGGCCACUAUGAACUACAAGGACACAGUGUGGGGAGAGUGUGUCCAUGAUCACCUGGUACUGUCCACUGCAAUGAUACAAAGUGGGCAGGAGCAUGUGCAGUAGAAUGUGUUCCCAGAGUUCUCUGUGUUCUAGAACUUGUACUGUGUGAAGGCAGUUCGUCCAGCUGUCCGGCCUCUGUCAUAAACUCAUACACUACGGAGGAUGUCUUUUUAAAGGAACCAACCAGC